UAUUCCUUAUUGGACAUUGGGUGAUAUUAAAUACGAAUAAAAAAAAACAAAGUAUCUUAUGUGAAUAUGGAUGAGGUCAUCUUAUGUUAAUUGGAUAUUGAUAACUGAUUGCUAAAAUCCACAGUGAUCACAUUUCUGUUCGAUACAAAACACGGCAUGCAUGACAAUGCAAGUUAAUUCCCACGCAUGUUUAAUUAGCUUAUUCUCUUAAAAAGCAUGACAUUUGUAAAGGAAGUUUGCAUUCUCAACGCAGUAUUAAUUGCGAAAUUUGGAAAACACAUAACAUGCCUAGAACGUAUGUUUGAGUGACAAUACAAAGAUACGUGUGUGCCGGUGCAAGUAGUAUCGUUCCAGACUCUCACGAUGCGGUUGAGCCCAAUUGAUCCCAGUUCGUAUUCAAAUGCUCAUGAGCUUAUAGUUCGACAUGUAGAUCUUGAUUGGACGGUUAAUUUCGAGAACUCCACCCUUUCCGGAACCGUUUCGCUUCACUUCAAAACUCUCAAGGAUGACAUAGAGGAAAUAUUUUUAGAUGCCAAUGAAUUGAGUAUCGCAUCCAUGGUGGUGAAGACUACUGCUGGGGAGGUACCACUGAAUUGGGAUGUCGGGUCGUAUGUUGAAAAUAUUGGCUCCAAGUUGACCAUUUAUUUGCCAAUGAAAACAUCGGGGGAGUUUACCGUUAGAAUUGAGUACGAAACGAGUCCGAAAGCGAGUGCUCUUCAGUGGUUGACGGCCGAACAAACUUUCGGUAAAAAGCAUCCUUACCUAUUCAGCCAAUGCCAAGCCAUCCACGCUCGAUCCAUCGUACCCUGUCAGGACACACCGGCCGUAAAGUUUACAUAUAAUGCAACACUCCAUUAUCCACAAGGAGUGACCGGUUUGAUGAGUGCAGUCAAAACGAAAUCUGAUCCAGGAGUCUCCUACUUCCAUCAGAGUAUACCCAUUCCAAGCUACUUGCUUGCCAUAGUUGUCGGGGCCCUUGUGGAGAAACCAAUUGGACCGAUCUCGAGUGUUUGGGCCGAACAAGAACAAGUCGAUGAGGCAGCCGAAGAGUUUUCACAGACAGCGGAAUUCAUUGCUAAAGCGGAAGAAAUAUGUGGACCGUAUGUUUGGGGUCGGUACGAUUUGUUGGUGAUGCCACCGAGUUUCCCUUUCGGAGGAAUGGAAAAUCCUUGUCUCACAUUUGUGACACCCACCCUUCUGGCCGGUGAUAAGUCCUUGGCGACGGUUGUCGCCCAUGAAAUCGCCCAUAGUUGGACGGGGAAUUUGGUAACGAACAAAAAUUUCGAACACUUCUGGUUAAACGAAGGUUUCACGGUAUUUGUUGAGGGGAAGAUUGUCGGACGAUUGUUUGGCAACACAUCGCGAGACUUCCACUCGCUUCACGGACUCAGCGAGUUGACUGAUUGUAUUAAAACUCAACUCGCUUCGACGCCAGCACUCACAAAGUUGGUUGUAGACUUGAGCGAGUGUAGUCCAGAUGACGCAUUUUCCACUGUGCCUUACAUUAAAGGCUCAACGUUCCUUCGCUACCUAGAGGAUCUCUUGGGUGGACCGGAAAAAUUUGAGCCUUUCUUCCGUUCAUACCUGAACAAAUUCAAGAACCAAUCCAUAAUGACAAAUGAAUUCAAAAAGGCCUUAUAUGAUUGGUUCCGUGAGGAUCCAAGCAACGAAGAAUACUUGGAGCGCAUUGACUGGGACCGUUGGCUUUUUGGGGAAGGAAUGCCACCAGUUAUUCCCAAUUACGAUCGAACCUUACUGGAUGCUUGCCAGAAGCAUGCGAAACUGUGGGCCGAAAACGAGUUAGAGAUUGUUGCCUCUUCACCAAUUCUGUCAGAGACUCUAUCGAGCAUACAAGUGAUCGAAUUUUUGGCUCAGCUUCUAGAGAAGAAAACACUCAAAGAUUUGACAGCUGAAAAGAUUGCCUUGCUGGAUAAAACUUACAGGAUUCAUGAGACUAAAAACGCCGAGAUACGUUUCAGAUUCGUUCGUCUUUUCAUACGUGCGAGAAUGAUGGACAAGAUGGAUGAAAUUCUCACCUUCCUCAACAGCAACUUCCGCAUGAAAUUCGUUCGUCCAAUUUAUAAGGAACUUGCGGGCUGGCCGGAAGCAAGGCCGAUUGCUAUCGACAACUACAAGAAAGUUAAAGAUCAGAUGAUGUCCGUUUGUGCCUACACUGUAUCCAAGGAUUUGGGUAUUGCCGACAACUCCAAUUAAUAAUUCAAACAAUAAUACGUGUGCUUUUGAAAUGAAAUAUAUUUUGCUUAAAGUAUGUACUAAACAAAUCCAUUAAUAUUAAAAACUCGAUUCCGGGGAAUGAAAAAGAAGACAUGCUAGCUAAAGUGGGCGUUUCAGAAGGCACACUCUUUGAAAUGCAAAUUGCUUAAGGUGAAGGUGGAAGCUAGCCAUUGUAGUAGUAUAGGUAAACCCACGUGUAAAAAUGGGGUAAUAGUGUUUGUGAGAGAAGAGCAAAGCAAACGUAAAUAGAUUAAUUCACUUAUCAGACUGUGUGGCGCUUCAUUGACACGAGUCUUUGAAUACAUUUGAAAAAAAUUACAAUUCAAUACUAAAGUAAAAUGUAUGAACGAUAUGUUCUAAUGAACAAUUGCAAAUAUAAAUAUAUAUAUAGAAGGUGCAUUUGGAUAUGAAGUAAAAUUCUGAUUAUACGCGAGUGUAGCAUGAGCAAAUUUAUAACACAUGCGAAAUGGGGGCUCUUUUGGUAUUAACAAGUUCUUCCGCAUAGUAACUCGAUGUUGAUAAUUCCUCUAUAUUUUCCUUCCUUGAUCGUAUUGUUUUCACAUAUUCACGUUGGAGAGCCUUCUCUUCGUUGGCCGAGGCAUUUUGAUUGAAUGUAAUACUUUUCCGUUUACUGUGGCAGCCGUGGCAGUGUUCCGAGCUCUGCAAUACAAUUUUCUUACCCAAUGUUAAUGUUGCUAAAACUUACAUUAUAUACCCAUUAAACGUAAAAAUAAUAAUUGAUAUCAAUCAACACAAUUUUAUUCUAUUGAUUUUCAUGACAUGAAACACUAUGACUCAGGAACAACAUUUUAUUGAGUGGUUUUUGUAGCUGUUUCGAUGAUGUUGUCUGGCAUCAGUGUCGAAAAAAUAACGAUGCUUUCACCAAUAUAAACAAAACCAUUGCCGAAGAUUGAAAAAUGAAAAUUUAACUUUCAGAGCACUUGCUCGAGUUUUCCGACGUUUUUCACUAUACAGUGCGACAGCAGAAGAAAAUUUAAUAUCUUGUGAGUAAUCGAUUAGAGUUUGGUUGAUAUUACUUGAUGGGAAGUGUGCGAAAACGAUCAUUUUCUUCACACUGUUUCGCAAAACUAUUGAUUUUCGGGCGAGGGGUGAGGGAGGGAGAUGAUAGAAAUGAGCGCCAUUGUGGCAGCCAUUUGUGGUUAGCUUCCACCUUCACCUUAACACUCCUAUACUCGCGCAUUGGUCUGUCAGACCGAGAAAUCAAUAAUUCGUUCAUUUCUCAGAAAAUAUCAACACUACGACUUUGCGUUUCUCUCUAGCUUCGUUAUUCGUCGUUCGUCAUCGUUUAGCGUAUCGCAUGUGUUGGUACAAAGGGGACGUGUGCCACUUUUUUAACACUUUCGGUCUGACACACCGACGCGAGUAAAGGAGUAACUUUUUCGGACAAGUGCUUUUUUCAUAUUCUAGAAUAUUGUUGAAUGAAAUGUAUAAAUUAAUGUUAGUGGCGUGGAAUAUUUUUUGAAUAUAAUGCAUAAGAUCAUUACUGGACUAUUCUUAUUUGAUUUUAGUCCUUUUUGCAACUGGAUUGAACGGAUCCAUAUAUUGACUAUUCGUCGUUAGAUUCAUACGUUCAAAAGCAAAAUAUAAAUGUUUGACUUUCGUAUAGUUAUUCGCUAAAUAUAAUGUUCAUACAUAUACACACUUGUGAAAGGAUUUCACUUGUGGAAGAAUUGUAAACAGUAAACUAGAAACUAAUCGGUAGCUUAUGGUAAUUUUUAACAAUUACUGUUUCGGCGAUAUUUUUUUAAUAAUGGAUAAUAUCGACAAGAAAACAAGAAAAAGGAAAGGAAGUUCCUACAUCCUUUUAUAUCACCUUUUUAUGCCCCAACUAAAAAAAAGACAUUAAUUCUCAGUUUACCAAGAAAACAGAGACAAAGAAUAUUAUAAAUAUGCAAACUUUAUAUUCCAGAACCUUUAUCAUCUGGUAAUUAUCUAGAAGGUCGUUAUACAUUCUUCUCUUCGACAAAAGACCCGAAAUGUUCUGAUUCUUACUCCAAUGAAACCACAAUCGAUUAAUACGUUUUUUUUGUUAUUUUAUAGCUCUUUAUACUUCCUUGCAGUCUUCCAUGUUUCACAAAAAACACUGCGUCCUGGAUAAACAUGUCCACGCUGCUGUUCACAGUUUUGUGUUUGAAUACCAACAUGAUUUUUCCGUACCUAUGUUUGAAAAUGUGACAUGUUUGAAUUCGUAGUAUGUUUGGAUAUACGAUGUUUAAUCCUAAUGUUUCACAAGUUUCACAUGGGCCCUGAUUCUCGAAUACACUUCACGGUGGAAACGAAAUGAACGGCACGCCAUUGAACUACGUUUUACGAGUUAGUGAAGUGUCGAAGAUAAUGAUGAGUUUUCAGGCAGAAUGAGCAUUUUUCAAAUAAAAAAUCAUUAAUGAAAAUUAACGUCUUCGUAUCAAACUGGUAUUCAAUGUGAGUGGAAAACUUUUUUUUCUGUAUGUGAUAUAGGGCCUGAUUCUCGAAUACACUUCACGGUGGAAACGGAAUGAAACGUAUUCGCGAUGGCAACGGUACGGUGUCGACAUCUGGAUACGAGAUUAGUUGCCCACUAAACUUAUCAUUAUAAUAUCAAAUUAUCUUCAGAUGAAAUUUUUGUAUGAGAUUAUUAUACCACAUGAAGAAAACAAAGUUUCCCACUCACAUUGAAUACCAAUUUGAUACGAAGAAGUUAAUUUUCAUUAAUGAUUUUUUAUUUGAAAAGUGCUCAUUCUGCCUGAAAACUCAUCAUUAUCUUCGACACUU